UCUUCGGGUCGGGUCGCAGCCUCUUCUCAAUACACUUGCACAAAGCAAAGCAGUCACGAAAAAACCUGCUGCUAAUUCAAGCUAACUUGGUAUUAAAAAGGGAGAAGUUGCGUACGUGCACUUUGCUUCCUCCGGUGGUUUUUCUGCAUCUUAUUCGAGGGAAGCAGGGGAGUACACUACACAAACCAGAACGUCUCUCAUUUUCAGUUACCCCUUGGACCAUUUCCUGCAAAGGCAAGAGAAGAGAAGAGAAGAGGUGGUGUAUGAGUAUGGAAGUGCAGAGUUCGAGUCCCGGGUGAGCUUGAGCUUAGUUGCAGAGUAGCUGAAGGUUUAGGAGUGUCUCUGGUUCUGAGUGCUUUGAGUUGUGUGUUUUGAGGAGUAAUUUUGGGGGUUUUUGUGGAUUUUGGAUUUGGUUUUUCCCGUCAAUGAACGGGAUGCUAAGUAGAGGUUCGGGGAAUUCGGCACCCCUUUUGAGUAUUGAGGUAGUGAAGUCGAGAGCGCAGGCGCCUGUGCAGGCGGCGAAGAGGCACUGUAAGUCGAGAUCGAACGGGAGGGUUGGUGUGGAUCAGUAUUUUUCAGGGGAGCCUACUUCUGUGCUUGAUAUUCGGAGUCCGAGUCCGAGCUCAACGCUGUCUUCUUCGGUGGGGGGGUCGAGUGAGAGUGGGGCAGUGGCUGCUGUGUCCGGCCUCUUUUGUGAAGCCGUCUCCGAUGGCUCCAACGCGCCGCCACCACCACCACCUCCUCCACCACCACCGCCGCCUCCACCAGCAGGGGCGUUUAGCAGUGGGGGACAGGGGUGGUAUGGCAGCAAGGGUAAUAAUGGUGGUAAUGUGAGCAGUAAGUGGAGUGGGGAGAGUUCAGGGUGGAGGCUGAGCAACGGUGGUGGAGAGGAGGAGGAGGAGAGGGAGAGAGAGAGGGAGAGGAGGGUGGAGGAAUGGGUGCCUGGCGGCACAAACGCUGCUACAGCGGGUAUGGAGGAUUUGGAAAGCAUCAUGUUGCUGGAAUCCGCAGCGGCGCCUGCGCCGGAUCAGUCCUUAAUGCGUUGGCUGCUUGGGGAGAGCGACGAUCCCAAGGAUAUCCCCGCCUCAUCGCCGCUGCCGCAAAUUAAUAGCAUGGAGUCGAGCUUUCCUGACCCUGGCAGCUUUGCGUUUUCUACCAGUGGAGUUGAAUCCAUGGCGCCAUUGACAAGUACUUUCCAUUCCCCGUCCUAUUCUGCAUUGCCUACGGCAGUCCCCCGCCAUCAAUUUAGCGACAACCCUGCAACUAUUUCUCCCCCGCCCAUGUCGUUCUCGGCCUUUCAGCCUCAGCUCCCCGAGCCACCGCCACCGUUACUGCCAGCAGGUUUUAAUAACCCCAAUUCACUGCUUUUUUCUUCCAAUGCGUUUGCCAAAGACCCUUCUAUGAAUCCCAACAAUGUCUUUUUCCCCGUCUCCUAUGAGAUGCCUGUCUCUAAGCGGCUCCAUGGCGGGCUUCCGGUGGAGCAGAUGCCAUUGCCUUUAAGGCCUCCGCCGCUCUGGCACCAGCAGCAGCAGGACCAGCACCAGGUUCCGGUUUCUGUGAAGCAGGAAUUCAUGUUCAAACCCCAGCACCAGCACCAGCAACACCAGGUUGAUCUACUGCAGUCCCUCCAGCGGCGCCACCAGCAGCAACAGCAGCAGCAGCAGCUUCUGCCGCCCCAAUUCCAGCGCCAGAAGGGCGGUCCCCCACCUGGGCCCUUCAUGAAAUCCAUCAGCUUGGGUUCAGAGGAGGCGCAGCAGACAAUGGUGGGACAGCUGCUCAAGGCAGCGGAGGCAGUGGAACAAGGCACCUUUACUCACGCCCAGGCGAUAUUGGCGCGGCUCAAUCAGCACCUCUCCCCUUACGGUAAACCCCUUCACCGGGCAGCAUACUAUUUCAAGGAGGCCCUAGCUUCCCGCAUCCUUAACCAAACCAACGGCAGCAACACUGGUUUUGCUCCACUGCCGCCCUCUCCGGUGGAAAUCGUUCACAAAAUCAGCGCUUACAAGAGCUUCUCAGAAGUUUCUCCGCUGGCACAGUUUGCAAAUUUCACUGCCAAUCAGGCCCUGCUGGAAGCACUGGAGGGGGCAGACGCAAUUCACAUCAUAGACUUCGAAAUCGGGCUGGGCGGGCAGUGGGCGUCGUUUCUGCAGGAGCUUGCUCUCAAAAUGGGCGGCUCCCCGUCGCUCCGCCUCACGGCCCUGGGCGCUCGGGACUCCGUCGAAAUGCACCUGGCCAGAGAAAAUCUCGCGCAUUUCGCCAAGGAGCUCAACAUAAGCUUUGAAUUCAAUGUCCUGGAGUUGGAGGGAUUCGAAAACCUGACCAUCCCGAUGCUGCGCCUCAGAGAAGGAGAGGCCGUGGCCAUAAACAUGUCGGUAGGCAUGCACCGUCUCUUCUCCUCAUUUCCUUCCCAGGGUUCGUUCGCUGCAUUACUGAAAGAGAUUUCCCCCAAGGCUGUGGUUGUUCUUGACGGCGAAAUGUGCCCCUCUUCAUCCUCAUUCGUGCAGCAGUUUGUGGAAGCGCUUCAGUUCUACUCAUUUCUCUUCGAUUCCCUGGACGCUGUCAACAACAUGAACAUGGAGGCCGUCCACAAGAUUGAGAAGUUUCUUCUGGCGCCCAAGAUUGAGAACCUGGUGGUCUCGGGUUCGACUCCCGCCAAAGCAGCGGUUCAGGUUCCACCUUGGCGGAGUGUUUUCAUGGCGGGGGGGCUGGCGCCCGUGGCCUUCAGCAAUUUCACAGAGACGCAGGCGGAGUAUCUGAUUCGGCGCCUUCCUGGCCGUGGCUUCGACGUUAUCAAAGACCAGUUGACGCUGCGGCUCGCAUGGCAAGGCCGGACCCUGGUUUCCGCCUCCCUCUGGAGGUGCUGAUCGUUCAUCUGCUAAUUUAUCACUUAUUAAGCUAAUUAAGGAGUCGGUCAUUAGCUUAGCUAGAUAGGUGUCGUCUUAGCCAGCCAUGGCCACACGCAGGCUUACUACUAGAAAAUAAUUGGCAACUGGAAUUGUGGCUGUGUUUUUCCUUAUUUUACUUGCUUUUUACACGCAGUUUACUAACAGAGACAUCUUCUUCUUCUUCUUCUGCUUCUGAGAAAGAGAUGAUGUAAGUUCAGAUCUUUUUCUUCUGUUAUAUUUUGUGGUAUCAAAAAUCAAAAAACUAUUUGUUGCUACUAUUGUGAUGCUGUGAAGCACCUGUUGCUUCGGUGGUUGUAAAAUCCGAUCCAAAUGGGGUAAACUAUAUUGUUUUUCUUGGUGUAAAAA